CCCGUCGCUAUCGUCUGCGUUGGCAUGGCCGGCUCGGGCAAGACUACAUUCAUGCAGCGCAUUAACGCGCAUCUGCACUCGAAGAAACAGCUACCUUAUGUGAUCAACCUGGACCCCGCGGUACACAGUGUGCCUUUCGACAGCAACAUCGACAUCCGCGACUCGGUAAACUACAAGGAGGUCAUGAAGCAGUACAAUCUAGGGCCUAACGGCGGCAUUCUCACGUCUCUGAACUUGUUCGCGACCAAGAUCGAUCAAAUCCUGGCACUUCUCGAAAAGCGGACUGCACCCCCGCCAGCCCCUACUUCGCCGACCGCCUCUACGCCAACCACACCGCAUAAGCCGAUAAAGCAUAUUCUAGUAGAUACACCUGGUCAGAUCGAGGUAUUUGUCUGGAGUGCGAGCGGCGACAUCCUGCUCAACUCUCUGGCGUCUAGCUUCCCAACUGUCAUUGCCUACAUCAUCGAUACCCCCCGCACGACCUCCACAUCGACUUUCAUGUCGAAUAUGUUGUAUGCAUGCAGUAUUCUCUACAAGACUAAACUUCCAAUGAUCCUCGUAUUCAACAAGACCGAUGCGCAAGACGCGGAAUUCGCAAAGGAGUGGAUGACCGACUUCGAAGCCUUCCAGGACGCGCUGCGGAAAGAAGAAGAAGGUGGUAGUUUUGGCGGAGAAGGGAGUGGUGGAAGCGGCUACCUGGGCUCUCUACUGAACAGCAUGAGUCUAGUGCUAGAAGAAUUUUACCGCCAUCUCAGCGUCGUCGGCGUCUCCUCCAUGACCGGCGACGGCAUUGACGAGUUCUUUGAGAGCGUGCAGCAGAAAAAGGAGGAGUUCGUACGAGACUACCAGCCCGAGUUAGAGCGGAGGCGCGCACAACGCGAAGAUGACAAGAAAAAGCACCGGGAAAAGGAGCUAGGGCGGUUGAUGAAAGACAUGAACGUUACCGGCCCGAAGCCAAGAUCGAAGCCGAGCGAAGAGCCUGAGACAGUCAGUGAUGCUGAGGACUUGGAUGACGAGGAACAAGAGGUUGAGAUGAACGAUGACGAUGACGACGAGACACAGGAGGACGGGCUUGAGCAGCGGUACAAGCAGGCUAUUCGAGACAGUCAUGGGGACGAGGGAGGACCAUCGGGAGACGAUUUCAGCUUCGCCAGGUACAUGCACAAAGCCAGCAUUGGGUGA